GGUCUCCGUAUGCGAGAGACUCGGCCGUUGAGGGAGCCCCGCCUCGAGACAGCUUAGAUAAGGCUUUGCAGCGCUGCGAGUUCUUGGCCCUUUCGGAAUUAUUUCGAUCGCUGUGAGUCGUUGACCAGACGAACGAUACUCGACAGCUUUCCGCGAGCUACUAUACUGUCGACGACGGCAGAAAAGCACUGAGACAUCCUCGGAGGACUUCGUUCGAGUGACACCUGUAGCCGUGCAUCGCGAUGGAAUUACUACUAGCCACGCUGCUGGGCCUUAUAGCCAUUGUCACUGAAGUUACCGCUCAGGGUGCCGGUGGAUACGACUUCAACGCCCAGAGCGAAGGGCAGCUAACCGGCCAGCUUUCACCACUACAAGUGGCCGGAAUAUCGAUGGUGGUCGUCGCAUGCCUUGGUGCUGCGGUCGUGUCCAUGUUCUUCUGCUACUACGUCUACAAGAAGAACAAGGAGAACCUCGCCUUGCCCAGAUACUGAACCAUGUCGAGAACCGUCGGCUGAAGGACGACGCUUUGAUGUAUAUAGAUGAAAAGAACUACAUAAUCAUGCUUGUCAUCCUCCGCAGCUUGAGCUUUCUUUCAUCCUU